AUGGACGUUCUUCGUUUCAAAGUUGACCACCUCAAGUUAUUGUGGUCAGAAUUUCGAAUUGUAAACGCGAACGUUGACAAUGAUUACGGUGAUCAGUCAGAGUGGGCGCGGAGAAAAUUACAAGGUGUAUUUUCAGAACUUGAUAAACUUAUUCAAGAACAACUUUUAUGGAAAUCCAAACUCGCAGCCGAGAUAGAAGACCUAUUGGUGGAAAUAGAUGAUUAUUGUCGAAUAUUUGGUCGAAGAGUUGACAUUAUCAUACCACAGGCCGCUUCUUUAAACAUUGAAUUGAGUGACGCAACGCGUGACAACUUGAGGCUUAUUCGAGACUCAUUACUAGAGGAAAUUGGUCUAACGCGAAAGAAUCUCGGCAAAUGGUUGAGUGAUCUUGAAAUUUUAGUACAAGAAUUAAAUGAAGAUUAUAAGGUUCCAUCAAUAGAGAUUUUUAAUACGGAUUUAAGUUCUUCUUUAGUUCUACCGAUAUGGUACAAGUACGACGAGUAUUCCAGAGCUGCGGUGAAACGGCGCGAUACAUUCGAAAAGUUUGCGAUCAAGCUACAUCACUAUUGGAACAUACUUCAUUAUUCACCUAAGGAUGACGUAGACGAAUUAUUAUCCAAAUUAUUUGCUGAUAAACCAGACCCUAAAGACCUUUAUGAAGCACUUGAAAAUGACAAUAAUGUUGAUGAUAAAAAUCAUGACUCUGAUAAAAAUCAACAACAUGAAUAUUUAUAUUAUACCCUACAACUUCCACCCGGAUUAAAAUUGACACCGGAGAAUAUUGCCAUCCUUAAGAAAAAAUCAGCGGCUCUUGAACAGGAAUAUACGAACCGUAAGAGUAGAGUAGAAGCAUUAUUGAAAUCCAUCAAAAAUCUAUAUGAAGAAUUGAAAAUUCCUCUGGAAGAAAGAAUUAACUUGACUUGUUCGCUUGAUGAUGACUAUUUUAAUCAGUUAUCAUUAGAGGUUCAACGUCUACGAGAACUUAUGCGUAAUGUUGUACAAAAGGCUAUUGAACAAUACACCACUCAACUGGGCAACCUCUGGGAUAAAUGCCUAGUCCCACAACAUGAGCGUGAUGGUUUCUUUGAAAACGUACACAAGAUUGACUCGUCAGAAGAAGUUUAUGAAUAUCUCGCACAAGAAACGAUGCGUUUGGAAGAACUUCAUGUGAAGUGUGCCAAGAUUUUUGAUUUGAUGUCGGAGAGACGUGCAUUGAUCGAGAAAAUGAUUGAAUUUGAGAAAAAGGCAUCUGAUCCGCGUCGUCUAUUCCAAAGUUCUUUUCGAUUAUUGGAAGAAGAAAAAUGGAGAAAAUCAUGCUGGCCUAAUUUGGUGAAAAUUGAAGACAACUUGAUUAAUGCGUGCAUCGCUUAUGAAGAAGCCGAAAGAAAACCUUUUAUGUAUGAAAGUGUACGAUUUCUGGAUACGCUGCAAGCGGAAAUCUCGGAACGCACUGUCAAUCAAAUGUUCUUUGGCUUUGAAAAGGAUGCUGCUAAAGGAUCUAAUCAAAAACAGGCCAAAGAUUACAAGAACUCAACAAAACGUAAAGAGAAUAAACCAACUCCAAAAGUCACACAAAGCAGAUCAGUAUCGCCAGCUGCUUCCGUGAAUGAUGAUCAGGGUCUAUCACAUAACAGUCAAUCAAUGCCACCUCCACCAGUAUCACCUACUUCUAGUAAUGGAACUCGAACGCGUAGUAGCCACACCCAAAAACUUACACCUAGUAGUACGAUAUUACUUUCGAAUUCUGAAAAUUUACCUAACCGAUCACGAAGAAGUAGCAAGGCUAUAAGUCGGUCCGUUUCUCCAGCAAGAUCCACUGCUUCAUCACGUGCAACUUCACCAGAGAGACUAAAUGGAAAGUCGUUAAACCGAAAGCGCAGCACAAAUAACAUGAGCUUAACACCACCUUUAAGUCCAACUUAUCGUGUGUUAAACCCAGAUAAUUCAACCCUUCAUCCUGGGACUGCAGCUACACAAAGGACAAAUAAAUCUAAUGAUGAUAAAAAUUUGACGGCUUCUCGCCGGUCAUCCAUCUUCGGUAAGAGUAAUUCUACAUCAAAACGUAGUAAUAGUGUUUCUAGUACAUCAAGUGAAUCAUCAUCAGUUUCGUCAAUUGCUGCUCCUUCUACACCAACUACACUUGCACCUUCUUAUGUUGUUAAUGGACACUUAAGUGUACCUACUCCAUCAAAAAUUAAAUCACAAAAAGAAACUGAUAGAAAUACUGCAAUUAAAAUAAAAAUAGAUAACGAAGACAACAAGAGUAAAAUGUCAACCAAAGCUACAAAAGCUACAACACCCAAUGCCACAUUAACUAUGCCUUUAGCAAGAAAAACAAAUAAAGAAAUAACAAAAGCCAGGCCUAAGAGUGUUGUUGGCCAGUGA